CCCGAAUGAAAACAGCUCGAUUUACUGUUAGAGGAAGCCAUUAAAAUUGUACACUGUGAUUUGAACUGCGGCACGUAAAACAGUUUAACUCGACAGAGUAUUACCGACCGUGUACUAUUGAAGUUCAGUUCAUGAUUCAAGAAAAGAAGAUAUCGUGAGAUACAAGUGAAGGUUCUGCAAAGACUGUUUUUGCACAUAGGACGCGCAGGGAUCUUUUCUGACGAUAGCAGACAUUGAAAGUGGGGAAACGGCGCUGUCUACAUCCGCACAUCGCUCUACAAUUAAUCCGUGUUCUUCCGUCGGUGCUUGGCUUUACUUCUUGGCCUCUGCUUUUAUUUAGAUGGCAAGCUUCCCAGACAGUAUAUACGAAAAUGAUAUAGGUAAGGCUAAGUUCAUUGGUGAACUCCUGGUGCCUGCGGCUCCUUUUGACCAGAAGUCGGGGCGUGAGGCGUGGACCGUAGCCUUUGCUCCCAAUGGUUCUUACUUUGCUUGGUCUCAGGGGCAUCGUAUUGUCAAGCUUAUUCCCUGGACAAAAUGUCUGAAAAAUUUUUCUUUGGGCCAGGCUGGGGAAGGCACCAAUGCUUUAAGCCCUCGACGCUUUUCCCGUCAGAACAGUGAUGGAAGCCAGUUAAUACAGACAGCUGGCGAUCCCCGAGAGCACACAAUUGACUGCGGCGACAUUGUCUGGGGUUUGGCCUUCGGCUCAUCUGUGCCUGAGAAGCAGAGCCGCUGUGUUAACAUUGAAUGGCACCGGUUCAAAUUUGGCCAGGACCAGUUGUUGCUGGCAACUGGCCUCAACAAUGGUCGCAUUAAGAUCUGGGACGUUUACACUGGAAAACUGUUGCUGAAUCUGAUGGAUCAUUCUGAUGUAGUACGAGACUUGACCUUUGCUCCAGAUGGCAGCCUCAUGCUGGUCUCUGCAUCCAGAGACAAAACCCUCCGUGUGUGGGACCUCAAGGAUGACGGUAACAUGGUGAAAGUUUUGCGAGGUCAUCAGAACUGGGUCUACUGCAGCGCCUUUUCCCCCGACUCAUCCACUCUGUGUUCUGUUGGAACAGGCAAAGCUGUGUUCUUAUGGAACAUGGAUAAAUACACGUUGAUCAGAAAGUUGGAGGGGCACCACAAUGAUGUGGUGUGUUGUGAGUUUUCACCAGAUGGGGCACUUUUGGCCACUGCCUCCUAUGACACCCGGGUCAUUGUGUGGGACCACCACAAGGCCACCAUCCUUCUAGAGCUGGGCCACCUCUUUCCUCCUCCAUCACUGAUUUUUGCUGGGGGUUCAAACGACCGCUGGGUACGCUCUGUGAGCUUCUGCCCUGAUGGCCGCCACAUUGCGAGCAUUGCUGAUGACCGACUUGUCCGUUUUUGGAGUAUUGAAGAAAGAGCUCCACAGGCUAUCGCCUCUUUGUCGAACGGCCUUUGCUGUGCCUUUUCUCCCGAAGGGAGUGUCCUUGCUGCUGGGACUCGGGACGGCAGUGUGCACUUAUGGGAGUGUCCUCGUAGCACUGCCACGCUGCAGCACUUGUGCAGGAUGGCGCUCCGGCGGGUGAUUACCACGCAGCAGGUGGAGUCUUUGGCCAUUCCCACACCGCUUCGUGACUAUUUGUCUUACAAAAUCAUCUAAUUGUUUGUUAGCAAUUGCUGGGCCCCCUGCAUCACAGAAAAACACGUCACUUUGUCAGUGUAUUGUUUUUUUAAUUACCUCUUUUUGUAAGAUUUAUGAAGCCUAUAAAUAAUAAUUUGAUUUUAAUCAUGCUCAAAUGCCCAGCACACUGUCACAGAUGUUAUUUUGUAUAUAUUUAUUUUUGUAAUUGUAAAAAUGAUGGUGUGCUGGGGUUGCGCAAUCAAUUUCCCGAGGUCAACUUUCUUUUCUCCUCUUGUCUUAAAAUGUCUUUAUCAAUCACCUUUCAAGUAUUCAUCUCUUUAGGCUUUUUCUGAGACUAUAAUUCAUACAGUACACACACUUGAACAGUCUUAAUAUUUUCCUCUGACUUGAAAUGGCUGUUGCACUUAAGUACAAAGAGCCUUUUUGGUAAUCAGUUUUUUGUUUAUUUCCCUUAUCUGUGAGAUGAUGUGAGCGAGUUUUAUUUUAGCUUUAUGUUUGGAAAUGUCCCCGUAGAUAUUUUAAAGCGGUAUUUAGGCCACCACGGCACUGUCACUUUUUCCUUUUAAUGUUGAUUAGCACAUGGCAUUGCAGAACAUGUGGCAGAUCAUUCAGCAGUUUGGUUGUACAAAUGUAUUAUAUAGGAUCAGUCAAGUUUUGAAACACUUCUGCAUCCUGUGGAAUGAGAAAGUAUAUUCAAAUUUGUGGCUGGUACUGUGAAUUUGAUUAGAUCAUAUCAGUAAACCCAAGCCACUUUGGAAAUGUGGCCUGUGUUCAUGCCUCCUCCACUGUGAAUCAACCUUUGUUGCUUUCUGUUGUGGUGUAUUACAUGACUCAUGAUAGUAGCAUACAUUCUUUGAAGAUAUUGGCUACAAGAAUUGCCUUCAAAGUAACGUGGAUGCAUACAACUUGCUGCUUUAAUACGAGUGUGUGCAGAGACUGUUGCGAGGAAAACAAAUGUUUUUCUUUUCUUCAUGUGUCAACUAUGGCCCAACAUAAACACUAAAUUUGUUUCUGCAAGGAACAAAAAAGUCAGCCAGAUCAUCUCCAUGUCUUUAGUUUAAUCUGUCAUCUAGCCAUAAUGUGAACCCUUUUGACUGACUGUUGCUUAAAUGUUUUUGCAUGUAUUUUUUUUUUGUCGUCGUUGCCUUUUGCGGCACCAUUAUUGUUGUUAUUAUAAUGAUGUAUUGGCACCAGUGUUUGAUGUCCUCACGAAAGCAAAGCAGUUAACAUGCGCAAGUGCUCAAUUGUAUACAACUUUUAUAGGCAAUGAGGUAUGUAAUAUAACUUUAAUCAAGCUUUUUCACUCAAUGUGAACUUUUAAAUGUUUGUAUUUUCUUUAUAAAUGUGAAAUUAUAUAAGGAAGUAAUAUACUUAAUACUGUUGAAGCUCAAACCGGACAUUUUAGUGAUACUAAAUGCAAUCAUUUUGGGUUUUUUGGACUACGAAAUAAAAGACCUGGAAGCCAAAGAGUAAUUACAAUUCCUACUCUGCUGAAAGUGCCCCCACUUACCACGAUCCACAAUAAUGUUUUAAGAUGCUGCAUUCUCCCAUUGUGGGCUGGUGUACACAAGAGGAUGUGAAAAGGAUAAAAGUGUGUUUUUGUAGAGCUCUAACAUUCUUCAGGGCAAUAAGUUCUCAGCAACAUCUAACAUAUUUGAGUACUUUGGAGCGAGACGUCUCAGUUCAAUGCAGUAUGAAUCACUGGUUAUCAAGUUUGAAUGUAAUUUCCUGUCAUUUUAUGAUACAUUUUUUUUGUUUCAAUAAAGGCUUUUUGACAAUAA